UUAUUGUAAUCUAUAUAUUUGCAUGUGGAGAAUAGCAAGAAUUGUGUUUUAUUCUCAUUAAGUAACAAUUUAGUAUUAACACGUGCAUCUUGCAGGGCAUUAAAGGAGAAUUGCAAUUCACGGUUAAUUGAACAGAAUCAGAAAAACAGUAUAGAACAAUAUCGUCUGCGUAAAUGGGAAUUUAACACUUAGACACAGAAGAGACAACCGCAUUUACAUCAACGGUGAACAGGACAGGGCCCAAAAUGGAUCCCUGCGGCACACCACCUGGAUAUUAGAAAAGAAGGAAUAAAAAUUAAUGAAUAAAUUGUUCAAUAAAUGUGCUAGUUAUUUCCCUUUGUUUGUCUUUUAAACCCAUGAACUGACAAAAACAGUGUUUUCGAGGGCUGAAGUAUAUUUUUCUCUGACAAAAUAAUCUCAUCUAAAUUGUUCUGAUGCAAUAAUCCACUUAUGUAAAAAUGCUGACUGACUGCAGGCCUUGCCAUGUUUUGAUUAUUUAUCUGUCACAUAUUCAUUGGACAUUUGUAACGUUGAGGUUUUGAAUGUUCUUUGAUUCCCUCCCCUUUGAGAGAAGCCAAAGGCUAAAGAUAAUUACACAAAGUCAACCCCGGUUUUAUGGCCUCUUACCUGAUACUUAAAGUCAGCUGCUAUGUCAGCCGAGGCUCAAACGUCAAAUCUUGCUCUAAAGCUGACACCUCACAGUUUAGUAGACGGAGCCUCGCAGACAUUUACAGAACUGUAAAUUCAGAUUAAUAUACCAUCACGUGUUUGACAGUUAAUGAUCAUGUCUGAAACCAGUUGCUAAAUUUGCAAAAAUCUGACCUGGUGUGUGUGGUAUGAGUAGCAAUAUUUGUGUAAAUAUGGUAAUUACAGAAAUGUGUGGAUAUUGAAUUUCACAACCUGAAUGUUAUGCUGCUGAAGCUAUUAAAUCCAUGUGAUAUCUGAUUUUCAAGGUUUGGUGGAAAUCAAAGGGUGGACAGAGUAAGUCUGCUUGUCCUUUCAUUGUUUGCUCCAAUGUUCAUAUAUUUUGAGAUGCGCUCAUUAUUUCAGUGUCAGUUCAAACUUAAACGUGGACACUAUACUGCUACUAAAGAAUCAUUUUCAGAUGACCAGGCACAGCGUAGAGCAGAGUUGGACAUUUACCCUGAAAAACAGAAUUAAACAUUCAAGUAUAUACAGCUCGUCAUCAACUUUGAAAAUUGUUAUUGGCUUGGCUUGGCUUGGCAUGAUGACUUUUGGAACAUAGUAAUCUUUAAGACUUUGGGCCCAAGAUAAGGCCUGCUGUUCACAGAAAACGCUAUCGUUUCAGUGAUAAUCACAGGUGAGGCUGUGCCACUAACUUAUUUAUAAUUGAUCCAUUUGACCGAUUACUUUCAUUGAAAUUUGGCAUUUUUACGCAUUAUAUGCUUAAACUUUAAGUUUAGAGGGUCUUAAACAAAAGUAAAAUAGUGCCCUUGAUUUUCUUUAUUCCUAUACCUACCAAAUUAUCACAUUUAAUAGUCAUUAGUUUGCGACUAAAACCUCAGUCAAAUGUCUCUAACUUCUCCUUUUGCAGUAAAUUUACAUUUAAUCCUAAAGAGGGAAUAGACAACCCAGUGAUGGUCACCACAGAAGACACAGACUCUGUGUGGACACUCAGCCUGCGACUGUGUGUCCUUAAACAAGAGGAGGGGGAGUCCUAUGGCUUCCGUCUGCGGGUGGAGAUGGGACGCCAGGGUCACAUCAUCAGAAAUGUAGUGUCAGGAGGGGUGGGGGGGCGCAGCGGCCUUCAAGAUGGAGACAGGCUUCUGGAAGUCAACAACUGCUACGUUGGCGAUGUCCCUCACACUGAGGUGGCUCGGAAAAUAAGGCUAAGUGGACAGCAGUUAUGUUUGUUAGUGUUGGAUGGGGAGCAGUAUGAGCAGGCUGUGUCCCGAGGUCAAGACCUCCGAGGUCUGGCCAGAGCUCACAAGGGGGAGGGCCGCAAACCUCCCAGACUCUGCCACAUCACCAGGGAUCGCGCCUCAGGCCUGGGCAUCAACUUCACGCCCGUGAAAGGAGAGAGAGGCUGCUUCACUGUGAGCCUGGUUCCGGGAGGUGCAGCUGAGAAGGCAGGGGUGUGUAAGGGAGAUCGCCUGGUCUGGAUGAACGGAGCAACGGUGUCCGACCUCACACACUCUGCACUCAGCAGGAUGAUGAAGAAAUGUGGCAAUCACAUCACCAUCUUAGUGAUCGACGGUGAGAGUGAGAAGAACUACACGCAACAGAGGAUGCCCAUCCUGCCCACCAUGGCGGUUCCACAUGACCUACCUUACAGGGCCAGAACGCUACACCUGGUCUCCGGGCCUGAGGGGUUUGGCUUCCUCCUUCGGCAGGAGAAGGUGCCUUCGGGACGCACAUUUCAUGUGCUGCGGAGGUUGAACAGCGGCAGUCCAGCAGAGCGGGCAGGUAUGCAGGAUGGAGAGCGGCUGCUGGAGGUCAAUGGGGAGUCAGUGGAGUCACUGACGCAUGAGGAGAUUGUGGACAGAGUGAGGCUGAGUGGACAACAGGUCUCCCUCACCACCAUCACUUUUCAGGGGCUGGAGUUUUACACCCAGUUGGGUCUGUCACCUCUUCUCUUUAGUGAGGAUGGUGCUGAUGAGAGAGAGAAGGAGAGCAGCGUAUCUGCCUCUGCAGCAGAGCAGUCACCACAAAAGGAAGAUGAUGGCUCGUGCAAGCCCAGGCACUGUUCUCUCCAAAAAGGGCCGUUGGGGUUUGGCUUUAACCUGGGUUGUUCUCCGCAGGGUUCUGGGACCUUCGUCAGCCAGGUGGCUUUUGGGGGCCCUGGGCAGAGUGCAGGAUUACUUGACGGUGAUGUGGUGAUGGAAGUCAAUGGACAAAAUGUGGAGGGGAAGCAUCUGGAGGAUGUGAUUAUGCUUGUGGAGAAAGGAGGACAUUUCCUUUCCUUACAAGUCAUGGAGAAGACUGGCUUCAACAAGUUGAAGCAGACUGAAACACCUACUAGAGAUGUCAGUGACAGUGAGCAGGAGGAAGACAAAUAUGAAAUAUCAUCUUUGUGAGCGUCAAAGACAUUCUGAAGAUAUUCAACUAUCCCAUAUGUCUACUGAAUACAAUUCAAACUGAGCUGAUGAAGAAAAACUUGCCAAAUAUUAUUAUUAUUAUUAUUAUUACAAUUAUUAUUACAUUGGUCAAGACUGCUUUAAUCGAAUCCGGUUUUAUAAAGGAAUCCGAAAGAUAAAAUAAGCAAAAUGAAACUGCAAUGAUGUCAGUUGAAGAAAUGUUGUAAUGUGUAUUUGUGUAAGAUAUACAAUUUUGGUACUGUAUUGUACAUCCAGUGAUGUAAAACAUUUAGCCAACAAUUGACACAUUUGGCAGAUCAGAUGAAAUAAAAGAAGUCAAAUGCUUCAGGUUUUAAAAGGACCAUAAUCUAUACUAUAUUUCUUAUUGUGCAAAUAUGAAUGGAAACCAGUGGCUUUGUAAAAUUAGAAAGAUAUUUGUAGAUCUAAAAAGUUAUCAUUUUGAUCAGCAGUCAUGUAAAUAAAAACGGGUACUACCUUUAUGUUAUAUAAAAGGGUUAAUUGUAUUGUUGUUGUUGGAAUGAAGGGUUGUGUUUUACGUACAGUAUUAAGUAUAAAACAUUAAAUAUAAAAACCUU